AUGUUGGUACCAAUAGAUUUGGAAGAAAAUACAAAAAUAACAGGAAAAACUAAAAUUGAUGGGUUAUAUGAAGGAAUAAAGACAAAUAAAAUUGUAGGGGACAGAAAAGUUCUUGUCAAGGUCGAUUGUUAUAUUGAAGAAAGAGAUGAAAGAGAAGCAUGCAAUUUAGUCAAAUUAGAAAAAUAUCCCAAUGUAGUUACUUAUAAACACUCUGGUUUCUUUGAGAACAAUCAAAUUCACAAUGGUGAAAUAUGUAUAUACGCAGUUAUGCGACACUACGAAGAUAAAACACUCAAUGAUGUUGACUUUUCUACAUUAAGUGAGGAAAAUGUAAAGGAUAUUUUGACACAAUUGACAGAAGGAUUGGGGGAUAUUCACAAGGAAAAAAUAAUUCACAGAGAUCUCAGACCUGAGAAUGUGUUCUAUGAAGAGGAUAACGGGAAGAUCACAGUUGUAAUUUAUGGAUUUGGACUCAGCAAGGAAAUCCUGCAUGCGCCGCUACAGAACAGCAGUUAUCCGAAUAAAAAGACCACAGAUUACAGUUCACCAGAGAUGCAGCCAGACUCCAAAUUGAAUGUCACUGAAUCUACAGAUGUUUUCUCACUUGGAGGGAUUUUUUAUUUUAUUCUAUCCAAAGGAAAACAUGCUUUUGGAGAUAAAGCGGAUUCCAGAUCACAUAACAUCAUGAAAAAUAGGCCAAAUUUAACCAAACUGAAAUGCAGUGAAGCUGAAAUAGCAGAAAAUCUCAUUCAAAGAAUGAUAAAUAACAAAGCAGUUAAUAGACCAGCACUGGAAGAAGUGAAAAAUCAUCCCUUCUUCUGGAGUAACACAGACAGGCUUAAUUUUUGCACAAUGUUAUAUAGAGCGACGGAAGAAUGGAAUUUUAAAAGAGGCUUAAAAGGCGAUUUGAAUCUCAUCAACCCAAUGACUGGAGCUAAGCGUAGAGACUACAAGAUGAAUGAUUCCAAAAACAAUUGGUGUGAGAGAUUGCAACUGUCCACCAAUGAAUGCCAGCUGUACGACAUACCAAAGAAUCAAGCCGGCUGCAUAAAGAACCUUCUGAAUCAGAGUGAAGUAAAAUACAAUGGCAAUUCUACAUACUCAUUACUCUGUUUUAUUAGACACAGAAAAAGUCACAGCGAUGAUGAGUUUGUGAAAAAAAUUUCUCUGAAUGACAAAUACCUGUGGGAUUUUUUUAAAGGAAGAUUCCCCAAAUUCCUUUCCAUUUUGACCGUGACAGUUAGAGAGUCCAAAGAUAAAGGUCUCGCUGAACUAAAAUAUUUUUAUUGA